GGCAAAUAGGCAUAAGCCCUUCUUGCAAGAGGACAUGGGAAGCGUGGCAUUGUGAGGUGUUUCCCAUUCCUUAUCCAGAACGAAGUCAGGAGUGAAACAAGAUCCAGGAUCCCAUCAAAGUGGAUUAUUAUUUCCAAGCAUCUGAGACGCUUCAGACAGCUGCAGCUGGAAUAAGACCUCCAUGUCCAGCGUCAAACCAGAAAACGGGCAAAAUUAAAAGCUACUUCUCACCUAGAAGAAACCUGCGUGCACUUUUCAAAUGAACUUAAAAGAUUAUCAACAAUAUUGCUGGGAUCUAAUCAAAUAAUUACCUAGAAUACAAAGCUUGGAUUAAAAAUGAGGUUUUGGUUUUUUUAAAUCAGGCAUAAGAGUAAAGAAGAAUUUCCAGGGGCUAAUAAGCCGACAACAAACAUUUGAGGGAUUGUCAACAGCUCAGAACAAAGCCAGAUGAACAACUGUAGCGAAUGCUCCAUUUCACGCAAAGAUGUUUCCACGUGUCAAAGUUUCUUGCGUUGCCACUUUGCCCAUCUAAAGAGGCAGAUGGCCCAACAGAGGGCAGAGUACGAAGCUAUUAUUUUAAGCCUGGAGCAACAGAAUAAAGAAAGGGACAUAGAGGUUAAGGAUCUACAUUCAAAAUUGAAUCAGCAACGGCAGCGGCAUCGUUUAGUGGAAAUUAAAAUAUGCAAUGCAGAGAGGGCACGCAAGGAUGCAGAGAGGAAAAAUGAAACUCUUCAGAGAGAAAUGGAAGAGUUUUUUUGUACUUUUGGAAAACUGACAAGUGAAGAAAAGCUGCCGGAGCAAAUUACUCAAAAGUUUUUAGAUGCUAUCUGAUCCUAACUUCAUCUGAUGAAAAAAAACCCUACACAUGUACUCAUUAUCCAAGUACUUAAAGGUAAAAAUACAAAUGAAGUUACUCCUUGUUGCAUUUUUUAAAAUACUAAAUGUUUAAUAAGUUUUUGUUUGAAUGGUUAGAGAAUUGCAUUUUUAAAACCGGGCCUGGAAUGAUUUAAGUACUGGAAGAAAAAUCUAGAGUGUGCAUUCAUUACGAGCAGAAAAAAGAAUUUCUAUAGCAAGCCCCAUUCUUGCAUCCACUGCAGGAGAAAAAAAAGAAAAAAGAAAGGCGGAGAGUUGUUUUGAAUUGGGAAAUCCAGUUUGGGAUCCUGUAAUGAAUCCAAACAUCUCCCAAGAUUCAAAUAUGUUGUUACUGAUAAGACUAUAAUUAUAUGUGAUCUGACUUCCAUUCAAAAAGAUAGAAGCCAGCUAUGUGAAAGUAACCAUAGAGCUUAGUACAGGGCAACCAACACUUAGGAGGAGGAGGAGGAAGAGGAGAAGUAGUAGUUAGUGAGAGGAACUAUUAGAUUCAGAAAGAGCUCUACUAACGUAUUCUCUUUUAUUCUAGUCCUGAAAGUUACCUCAGAUGUUUUAAUGGGAGGGAUCCUCAACUUUCUACAAUUUAGCUGAUUUAAUACACAAGAUUCAAUCAGUCAUAGUUUUGCUAAAAAAGAGCUGGACAGUUUGGCUGCUUUUUUUGUGUAUAAAAGAUAAUAUUUCCCCUCUCACCAUGCAUUUUACAAGUACAGUUAUGGCAUCUAGUGGGUUACAUAUUUUGGAUCUUGGUAAAUGUCUUAAGAAAUGUCAAGGUUCAAGUCACUGAGGCUCACUCGUAGGAGUUAUUAUACAAUCAUGAGGAAAUUUUGAAUAAGCCUAUUUUUCCAGAAGAAUUUUCCGUUUUGUAAUAAACUCCACCAGCUUCUUGUUUAGUGUUCUGUAGAUGUCUUUGUAAUAGGAAAUCUUGGCAUAGCAACAAAAAGAGGAAGAAAAAGAAAUGUUCUCUUUUUCUAUUAUUAUUUGAAAUAUAGAUGUCUAAUUUUAAUGAACGUUACGAAAAAUAUUUAUUUUUUAAGUUUCUUUCUGUAGCUUCAGGCCAACAAUGUACUUACUUUGGAAUCUGUAAAUGCAUUAAAGUAUGUAGAUCAAACAGUGCGUUCCUUGAAAUAAUGGGAGAUUCAUGUCAUGAUAAAAUACAAAUAUUUUAAAUUUAAAAAGAUGUCCCUAAUCAAUAACCGCACCACCAGGUACUUGUUAAUCUUGGCAACCUUAACAGAUAGCUAUUUGGUGCAAUCUGUUUGAGGUUUGUAUAGAUUUUGUUUUAAUUACAUCCAUUUUUAAUGCUGAUUUUCCUGUUUUAAAAUGCCAGUUUUCAUAUAUGUAUUUUUUUUCCCUUUUUUACUAUUCUACAUCAUCUGGAGACAUUUCUGUGAGAUGAGUGUCUAUGCAAGUCUGAUUAAUAAAUAGAUUACAGCAAGAAGUGCAUU